UCUACCGGUUUGUUAUUGUUUUAACCAUGCCUUUGUGGACAGAUGAGAUGAUUAUACAAUUCAUUAAUGAGAUACGACGUCGCCCUGAGUUGUGGGAUGUGAAUAACAUGGCCUACAAAGAUCGAGAAGCGAAGAGAAACAGUUGGUCCCGGGUAGGUUCGCUGUUUGACGUCACACCAGACGAGGCUUACUCUAAGUUCAGAAAUCUGCGAACGUACGCAAGAAACGAACAGAAAAAGAACAAGGGGAAGGUGACAUGGUUCGCGUAUGACGCCAUUUCAUUUAUAUUUACGCCGAAUAAUCAAAAUCAGAUUGACGGCGAAAGUACUGGGAUAUCAACAAGCGAUCCGGCAGCCUCCGAUCGAAGUAUCUAUUCAAGGAGUCCAUUAGAAAUGGUACCAUUGGCUGUAUCUUACAAGAAGGCUAAAAGCAAGUGGAGUUCAGGAUAA